AUGAUCAUCACCACCUCGGACGAGUGGACCGCCCUGUAUCGGUCCAUCUGCGAGGACAGUAAACGCAGCGAUGACAAGCACGUGUUCAUCUAUGCCUGCUCCUCCGAUGCAGACUCGGUCUGCGCGCUGCGCAUCCUAGAGGGGAUAUUCAAGUGUGACCGCGUGACGCAUGGCUGGAUGGCGGUCAGCCGGUACGACGAAAUUGAGGAGGACUUCAAGAGGUACUACACAGAGGGGGAGAGCGCGCUGCGCACAACCAUCCUGAUCAACUGCGGCGCGGCAGAGGACGUGCGUGCGCUGCUGCACCUGGACCAGCGCGAGAAUGUGCGGGUGGUCAUCAUCGACUCGCACAGGCCCAUCUGCCACCUGAACAACCUGGACUCUGAGGAGGAUGGCAUCAUCGUGUUCCUGGAUGAAACCGAGGGCACCUCCAAGGCAGACCUGCCGCCCUUUGAGUACCCAGAGGGUAGCGACAGCGACGACGAGAACGACCCGCCCGCCAAGCAGCGGCGGCUCAGCUUGCCCAGCAGCAGCGGCGGGGAGGAGGGCGGCGGCGGCGAGGGCAGCCGCGCCAGCCCGCGCCAGCAGCGGCGCAAGGAGCGGGAGCAGCGAGAGGCGUUUCGGGAGCAGUAUUAUGCGCAGGGUGUGAGCUACGGCAAGCCCGCGGCCUGCCUCAUGUUUGACCUGGCAUACCAGCUGAACCAUGAGAAUGCCCACAUGCUGUGGCUGGCGCUGGUGGGCCUCACCGACCACCUAGUGCACAACCGCAUCUCAGCCGACAAGUACCUGGAGUACUACCUCCACUACGAGACCUACGUCAGCAGCAACGGCCACCUGGACGUGCCUGCUGAGCGGGAGGUGGCAGACGGGGAGGGCGUGACGGUGCUGAACAACCAGAUCACCUGCCGCAUCCUGCCACAAGACGACUACCGCUUUGGGCUGCUGUGGGAGUGGAACCUGUAUGAGGCCAUGAUGAACAGCCCCUAUGUCGCCUCCCGCCUGCAAACCUACACAGAGAAGGGGCGCACCCUGCUGGAGCUGCUGCUAGCCAAGCUGGGCAUCCCGUUGGAAGAGGCGCAGCGCAGCUUCGCGGGGGAAGGAUACGACAUGGCACCACGGUACCGCCAUAGCUUACAGGACAAGCUGGAGCUGCAUGCACCCGCCUUCCGCAUGUCUGACGAUGGGCUGAAGCGGUGCGUCCAUGCCGUUGACCUGGUGCACGCGGUGACGGCGCUGCUAGAGUGCGGGUCCCGCAAGGGGCCCGUCACAAACUUUGGGGACCACGUGGACAAGUUCUGGCGUGCGUACCACGCUCUGAGCUGGGGAUCAGACGCUGGGGAGCUUCGGCGGGGGCUGGACCUGGCCAAGAAGGUGCAGCAGGCGCUCAUCAGCGAUGGCGGCGCGGUCAUUGUACAGCGGCACUACCACAACUUCAAGCAGUUCCGCAUCUUUGACCUGUCAGACCACAAGAUGAACAACCAGCACCUCAUCGGCCACCCCAUGGCGCUGCAGCGCCUGGCCGCUUUCUUCCAGGACCAGUACUUCCAGUCGAGCGGCCACCGCAAGCCCGUCAUGCUCAUCGGGCCGCGGUCUGCGGAAGGGCGGUGCCUGGUGAUCGGCUACGAGGCCACGCAGCGCAUGCGGGGCAACAAGCUGGGCACGGCGUUCAUUGAGGCCACAGAGCGGGUGGGGGCUCAGGCCUGGCACGACCUCUUUGACACCUGCAUCUUCGAGAUAGCGCACAGCGACGUGGCGCGCUUCAAGGAGGAGCUGCUGCGGCUGGCCAAUGCCCUGCUGGCAUGA